ACUGGGAGCGCGGGGGGACGCGGGCACCGCCGGGAGGUGCUGGGAGCACUGGGAGCUGCCAGGAGGAACCGGCAGUCACGGGGGCCACUGGGAGACGCCGGAGGAACCGGGAGUCACGGGGGCCACUGGGAGUCAUACGGACGACUGGGAGGUGCCCCCGGAGCCAUGAGGACCCUCCUGCUGCUGUGGGUGGCCCUGGCCAGCGCAGGGGCCCAGCUGCCCUGUCCCCAAGGGGGACCCUGCCCCGUCACCCCGGCCCUGCCUGCCCGCGGUGCAGUGGGGUGCCAGGACAGCUCAUCCUGCCCUGCCAGCUGCCAGCUGCCAGAGAGUGUCCCCUGCGCCGGGGGCCACCGCUGCUGUCCCCGCGGGUCCCACUGCAGCUCUGAUGGGGAGUCCUGUGUCACAGACCUGGCCCCCCGUGCUGUGCCCUGUCCUGACGGCCAGUCCGAGUGUCCUGACGAUGCCACGUGCUGUGUGACGAGCAGCGGCGCCUGGGGGUGCUGCCCCAUGCCCCAGGCCUCGUGCUGCGCUGACAAGGUGCACUGCUGUCCCCACGCCACCGUCUGUGACCUGACCCGCGGGCGCUGUGUGUCCCCCGCCGGUGACACCGACGUCCCCCUGGGCACAGCCUUCCCCGCCUGGAAGCGCCACCCCCCCGCCCCAGUGGCGCUGCGCCAGGUGCUGUGUCCCGAUGGCCGCUCGGCGUGUCCCGACGGGGCCACCUGCUGCCAGCUGUCCCCAACGCAGUACGGCUGCUGUCCCCUGCAGAACGCCGUGUGCUGCAGUGACGGGCAGCACUGCUGUCCCCAGGGCACCACCUGUGACCUGAUCCACUCCACCUGCACCUCCCUGGGGGGCUCUGCCCCCCUGGCAGCACUGCCCACAGCUGGUGACGUCAAGUGUGAUGAGGAGACGAGCUGUCCCGAUGGGAACACGUGCUGCAGGCUCAGCUCUGGGGCCUGGGGGUGCUGCCCCCUCGAGCAGGCUGUCUGCUGCCCCGACCACGUGCACUGCUGCCCCCAGGGCUACACCUGCGACCCCGAGGGGGGCAGCUGCCUGCAGGGGGGGGGCACCCGCCAGCCCUGGGUUAGCAAGACCCCAGCGCUGCCCCGGGGGGGACAGGUGACAUCGGGGAACGUCCAAUGUGAUGAGAAGACGAGCUGUCCUGACGGGAGCACGUGCUGCCGGCUGAGCCUGGGCACCUGGGGGUGCUGCCCCUUCGAGCAGGCCGUCUGCUGCCCCGACCUCGUGCACUGCUGCCCCCAGGGCUACACCUGCGACCCCGAGGGGGGCAGCUGCCUGCAGGGGGGGGCCACCCGCCAGCCCUGGGUUAGCAAGACCCCAGCGCUGCCCCGGGGGGGACAGGUGACAUCGGGGAACGUCAAAUGUGAUGAGAAGACGAGCUGUCCUGAUGGGAGCACGUGCUGCCGGCUGAGCCUGGGCACCUGGGGGUGCUGCCCCCUCGAGCAGGCCGUUUGCUGCGGGGACCACAAGCACUGCUGUCCCCGGGGCUACACCUGCAACGUGGCCACCGAGAGCUGUGAGAAGCUGCUGGCGCCCACCCCGCUGCUGCCAACCCCCUCAGCCCCCCGCCAGACCCCCUCUGCUCCCCACCAGGCCCCCUCUGCCCCACUGUGAGCUGCUGGCACCCACCUGGGUGGCCUCGUGCCCUGUGGUGCCACUGGCUCCUGCCACGGGGGCCAGCAGUGCUGCCAGGCCCGGGGAGGCUCCUGGGGGUGCUGCCCCUUCGCCCAGGGCUCCUGCUGCUCCGACGGCCGCCACUGCUGCCCCGCGGGGUCCCGCUGCACCAGGGGGGGCUGGGGGUGCAGCCCCCAGCGCUGGGACCUGCUCUGAUGGCACUGGGGACACCACCACCGCCACCCCCCGGGAAUGCCACCACCCCAAUAAACGGUUUCUAGGAGAAAUGCUA